UCAAUGUCUAGUUUAUGAAGUUAGUGUGCCUAUCUCCUGUGAUUAUCUCCUCCCUGUGCCCCCAUCCCUCCCCACCUUCAGCAAUUGGUGAUCAUAUCAAGGAGGGGAGAAUGUUUUCCAGCUGUCUGCCUGGCCAGACCUGAAAGGGUGUCUGUCAUCAGUCAGGGUGGAGGACAGGGCAGGGCGAGCCUGAACUGACAGCUUCCAAAAACGAGCAUUUUCUGAACUCCUCACAGAAGUGUCUUGACUGGCGCACACUCUGGAUUCAAGUGCGAUUCAGCCCCUUUGCACAGGUACUUUUUGAAUUGGCCAGCUGUGAUUUAUCCAAGUCGUGCACGUCAUUACUGAUCUUUUCCAGCCAUGGAGUUGGAAGACGAAGUAAAGGAAGAGACCAUGGAUGUCUUCAACACCAAAAACCUGGCCAUGCAGGCACAGAAGAAACUCCUGGGCAAGAUGGCAUCCAAAAGCAUGGUCAACAUCUUCAUCGACGACACAAGCAGUGAGGUCCUGGAUGAACUUUACUACGCGACCAAAGAAUACACAAGAAACAAAAAGGAAGCCCAGAAGGUCAUCAAAAACCUCAUAAAAGUGGUGGUUAAACUCGGGGUUCUCUAUAGGAACAACCAGUUCAAUGCAGACGAGCUGAUGCUGGUGGACAAGUUUCGCAAGAAGGUCCACCAGUUGGCUAUGACAGCCGUCAGCUUCCACCAAAUUGACUUCACGUUCGAUAGGCGCGUUCUUGCAAACAUCCUGAACGACUGCAGGGAGUUGCUGCACCAGGCCAUCAAACGGCACCUAACAUCCAAGUCCCACGGGCGCAUCGACCACAUCUUUAACCACUUUGCAAACUGCGAAUUCCUGGCCACACUGUACGGCCCCACAGAGCCUUACCGCGCGCACUUGCAGAAGCUUUGUGAAGGUGUCAACAAAAUGCUCGAAGAUGGCAACAUUUGAUUGAGGCAUUUGCAAGAAUGACUGAGUGGGUGCACUGUGAGGUGGAGGGCUUUUUUGAAAACAAAAAUGCGCGGCAUAAAAAUGUUUGUUUUGAUGAGGUUCCUUUUUUCAUACUGAUGGCAACGUUACCAAACCACAAUUUGAUGCUGAAGUGUCUUUCUACAGGGAUCCACUUAAUAAUUAGGGCAUUGAACCUUGGUCUACCCAAUUCCUAAGCCUGAUUGCACAGUAAUACACAGUCCAGCUCUGCAAGAAACAGAGAGGUCUUCCUUAGAUGGGUGCAGGCUAAAGCCAAGCCCUUUGCCCAAAUAAUUGGAAUUAAGCAUGGCCUUGUGAGGGAAAUAGCUUUUGCAUGCACUGGACAUACACAGUUUCCAGACCAGCUGGUGGGUGAAUGGCCCACAAGGGGCUCCACUCAGCUGUGCUGACCCAAACAGUUUUGUUUAAAAUACUAGCCGUGUCCAUCAAUCACUAUUUUUGACUAACCAGCUGGCCUUGGCCAUGGAAGGAGUGAGAUGAGAACCUGUCUUGCUCAUCCUGGACUAGAGUGUGAGGAGGUGGGUGAGUGGGCAUUCAGUCACAGUUCCAGAUUGGCUAUCCAAUAAACCUGGCUAGAAACUGUGUGAAGGCUAGACUUGUGCUGCUCCUGCAGCCAAAUAGCCUGGCCGCUUUCCGUACCUGGGCUCAGGUGCGUGCUUGAGAUACACAGUGAUUCCCUUCAGUAAGAGUUGGUGCCUUUGGAGGGAGGAAGGGAUAAAAAUCAGGGUGGACAUGGCCAAGGGAGGAUGCAAGCCAAGUCAGUCAAGCACAUUUCAGCCACUGUGAACCACAAAAAUGGUCUUACAAUUACAGAACCUCAGCCUCGAGGAUAUAAAAAACCAACUCUGAGUAAGACUGUGGUUUUAGCCUGAAGCCAUUAAUUCAAUCUAAUGUUAAGUGCGCUUACUGUUGCUGUUCCAGAUUUGUACAGUUGACUUUUUAACACCAGUGUCAGAUGAUUAUAUACCAACUAUAUUUGAGGUAGAAUGAUACCAGCUAUGAUGCACUGGGCUUUUCGUUAGGCUUUGAGACACAGUUCCUGGAUCCAUUUAUGGGUGGUUGCCUGUCAACUUUCUCUAUUUGGACCCAGUUUGAAUUGUUAGUCCUUUUUUUUUGGGGGGGAGGAUCCUGUAUUGGUUUUCAAACCUGUUUUAAUGUGAAAUGGCUUCAGUGCUGUGGUUCUAGUCUAUAUUUCUAUCUCUUUUCUGCUUUACUUAUUUGUACUGUAAGUUCACAGAUGAAAAAUGGUCAAUUUUCCUUCAACUCUCCUCUCUUAUUCAGUUAUUGAUUGUCACUUCCCUAACAGUACUGUUGCUAAAUCUAAGCCUAGUUUAUGUUUGCUGAGCCACACGGUAUUUGUAGAGUUAUUCGAUCACUUAAAUAGCAUUAGAAGUGCUUCACCUGCCUCGAAAGAGGGAUAAAUAUCAACAAGUAUCACCAGCAAUGGCCCCUCUGAGAAAGUGAGUGUAGAUGUUGACCAGGACAAGUUUGAGCUGGACAUUGAUGGCCAUCGGAUCUGAUUAUUGUGGCAACACUUGUUAUCUGGGCACAUAAAAAAGAGACCAUUUUAGCACCAGGUUUGUAAAAAGCUACAUCUGUUUUAUUUUGUUUCAAAAAUAAUUCAUUAAAUUUGUAGAUGUAUUUUGCAGUACAAUCCAAAUGUGAGAAUUCUCAAUGAAAUACUAGAUUAAAUAUGGUAUGCAGUAAAUUGCAACUCCUCAAACAACUUACGGUGCAGGUUGCAAUUCCAUUGCAUUAAACAUUUUCUGGUUCACACAGCCCAAGGGCUUUUACACUGCUUCCAGCCUCUCCCUAUACAAUAGCAGUCAGGCUCUGUUUACACGGCUGCAUCAAGGUUCAGUGCUUUUCUCAGCAGGGAGUCUGGGAACUGGGGCUGUGCUGGUCUGCAACACUCAGUCUUGAGCAGCUCCUGCCACUGGCAGUAAUCCCAAAGCAAGUCUUUCACUGAAUUGAUGCCUUUGAGUAAUAACUGAUGUUUGUCUUGGUUUGCAUCACUGGGAACAAUGCUGCAUUACAGAGCCUGCAUUAGGAUAAACAACGCCAAAAAAACAUCUUUUUCCAAUUGCUCUUUGGAAAUGUGCAAACCAAUAAGGAGGUGGGUAACAGUCUCCUCUUCAGCUGUCUCCUGGGCAACAUGCUGUGUUCCUAACACUUCAGGUGUGCCUGAAGGAUCUGAGAGGGAGGUCCCUCUCUCACUACCAGCUAAGACACUUUGUUGGCCAUUUCAAGUGAUGAGGCAUUUUAUCUGAUGAGUGAAACUUGCCCAGUGAGCAAUCAGAAAGUUAGGUUUUUCUGAAGCAUUAAAUAUGCCAAAUGCGGGUCGAUUUGUGAUCAAAGGUGUUUUCAGCACAAUCUUUUCUAGAAAUGCAAUGUCUUAAUUAAAUGGGACAUCCCAUAGCAACGUGGCCAGAACCAGCCCUCACUACACUCGGCUCAGACAGGCGCAUGCACAGUGGGGAUCUAUGCAGAGCUUGAUGCAGCUGCAAACAAAGAUGAUCAUUGGAUUUAUUUGGUGGUUUUGUAUAUAUUGUGUCAGUGUGAAUGUUUGACCUCUAGAACUAGUGGAAAACAUGGUUCAGGUGAUUGUCACAGCACAGGGUCAGAGUAUGGGCUCGACCAGUAUUACAUACAAAAGCACCAAGAGCAGCUGAAGAGUAUCUUUUUACUUGCAGGGAGACUGGAGCAUCGCUCUGUCAUUCCUAGGGUCUGUUUCAUUUGAGCUAUAAACUCCUGGCUCUUGAGCCAUUCCUAGUCCCUCUGAUUCAUAUCCCCAGCCUCUUCAGAUAUUCUGUGCUGAUGGUGAAUGUAACAAAAGGUGCUGUCAGCUCACUUGCAGAUUACUGUGCUCUGAUCUGGAUGAGCUGACAGUGGAUUUGUGUAGGAGACAAUAACAUGGUCCAUGUACAGGGAGAUCCUGACCUGAACCAUUCUGCCUGUGAUCAUCAUUUCUCUCUUCUGUUACCCUCAUGCACUUGUAUAGUACAAUCUGCCUGUAAAGCACGUAAGACACCACUUGUACUGAGGUACGAUGAAAAUAGUAAAUCAAAUCCUUCCCUGUACGUACAUGAUUGUAUCAUGAGGCUGUUAGUGACCUUCCCAUGGGCACAGUACUGGUCUGAUCACAGUAAGAGUUUACUGGACUUGUGAUGACCUCACAGAGUUUUGUAGUUGAUAUUAAGCCUGAAUACAGAUCCCACCAAUUUCUGAUUUCCUUACUCCCUGCCUUCUGUUUAUAAAUGAGUGUGAUGAUACUAAUUUUCAUGGAUUGUGAAAUGAUGCCAGCCAGGAGUGUACUUCUGCAGAUUCCCAUAGCUCUGGGCCAAUCUUCUCCCACAGAGCUGUUGGCUUAGUGUGAGUUUAACAUGUGAUACAGAGCCGCCCUGUCGCUAGGGUCUAACAAAGCUUCGAGGUGGAGGAUAGGAAGGAUUGGGAGGCCAUGCUAUCAAUGGGCUUCACAUGGUACAGCUAGAUGUAAAAGGAAUUGUUGACCCUUGGUAUGUGACGAAGCAAGGUCAUCACAGAGCCAUUGUCUUCAUUCGGACUGCUGAUCACUGAGCUACCAGUUACAGCUCUGUGCUUUAGCUGGUGAGUUCACGCAUUUAGCUGUUUCCUACUUCCCAACUAUCCCCUCCCAGUCAUGGGAGGUCAAAGUCACUCUCUCCAGUCUCCAUCUGGUAACGAUGAAAUGUUGAGCAGAUUGGGAUUACAAAUCAUUGCCACUGAGGAAGCAGAGCCAGUUUGAGAGCUAUCAUCUGUGAUUGUAUUGGAAGAUGUGGGCUGGUGAACUUUACCCACUCAUUUACAACUAGUCAUCACCCAAGGAAUCACACUCUAGUCUACCUGCAGAAACUUUGUAUAUUACUGAUGUACUGCUCCUUUUCCUGGUGAUAGAGGGAGUUAUCCAACUGGAAGAAUGUUUCCCUUUGGAAUUAGUUAAUUUGCCUGUCUACAUUCCUUGUUUGUCCUGCUGUCAAGAGCUGGAAUGUUACACAAGGGAGUAAUGUAACUAACCCCUGCAUUCCUCUACAGCCAGCUCCUGAUUUCGAUUAACCAAAUAUGGAUUGCUUGUCUCCACAGGGAAGGGGGAAAUCCAAUACAAGCCUAAUUGUGUUGUUAAAUACAGGUACACUCGAAACUGGCAGACUCGAUGCCAAAGCUGUGCUGGAUUUUGGGCAGGGGGUGAGUUUGAGCUAAUUCUUGUUCGUUGGGGUUGAGGAGAAUGGAAAUAGGUUCAAGCAGCAAAGCAAACAAGUCCAGGAUGCAGACAGAGUUCAGCAAAUUGUCCAAGGAAAGUUCAUUCUAAUUGAAUUUUUUUUUAGAACAAAAUUAUAUGGGGCACAUUUUAAGUGCCCACUUUACGGACAACUCGAGUUUAUGGUCUGUUGAUUUUGGGAAAAUGUACCUGUAUUAGUGACAGGGUCUCCUUCCCCAACCCCGUCCCCCCUCUCUUUCUCUUUCUCUCAAUGGUCUUAUGGAAGCUGCAUUAACCCUGCCUUUGGUUAGCACUGUUGCAAAAGAACACAAAAAGGCCAAAAAGCAUUAGCCCAUAUAACCAAUGCUGAAUGGAGUGUGGAUAGAGGCCACUGGAUUCACAGAGCAGCCAGUCUGUCAGAAACAACUGGCCCCAUCGAUGAUGGCACCAUGUUGGUCGUAGCGAUAUUUCAGGACAGUCUGAACCACUAAGGAUUUUCAGUCAUUGCAAACACAGAACAUUUCAUUUUCCAUAUUGGUGUGGGCAUCACCAGCGAGGUCAGCAUUUGUUGCCCAUGCCUAAUUGCCCUUGAGCUGAGGCGCUUGCUGGGCCAGUUCAGGAUCAACCACAAGUGUUGUGAAUGCGGACUCACAUAGGCCCGGAUUGCCUUCCCUUAAGGGCAUUAGUGAGCAAAUGGGUUAGUACAACAAUUAGUAACAAUAACCAUGAAACUAACAACAUAUUCUGAAUUUAUUAAUGGAUUUUUAAAUUUCCACCAGUGGCUGUGGUGGGAGUUGAGCCCGAGUCCCCAGUCUGGGCCUUGGGGUUACUCGUCCAGUGACAUUACCACUACACCACCAUCUAUUCAUUAUGUAACAAAUGUAUAUUUUACUAGCAUACAUUUGUUUUUCAAAUACUGAGAAACAUUUCCUUGGUAAGAAAAGAGAAAAAUAUACAUUUUACCGCGUGCUGAGUUUAAAAAAUUGUGAGGUUGAUUUAGAGAGAGUCACAUAGUGACAUUACAUCUGUGCUUUUAAAAAAAAAAUAAAAAUCUGGUGAACACA